UGUUUCGGACAAGGCUGAGCCAGGUAUUUCAAACAAAGGGCAGCCAAUUACUAACUUCUGGUUGCUAGGUGUGGCCCCCUUUCAAACUAUAAAAUCAGAAGCACAAUGCUUCACUUCUAGUGGGAAACGUUCAGAAGAGAACCUCUCUUGAGUGCUUGGAAGGGGGAAAAAGGAUACUUCUUUAAAAAUGGCAAUGGUAUCAGAAUUCCUCAAACAGGCCUGGUUUAUUGAAAAUGAAGAGCAGGAAUACAUUAAAACUGUGAAAGGAUCCAAAGGCGGUCCUGGGUCAGCAGUGAGCCCCUAUCCUAGCUUCAAUCCAUCCUCGGAUGUUGCUGCCUUGCAUAACGCUAUAACAGUUAAAGGUGUGGAUGAAGCAACCAUCAUUGACAUUCUAACUAAGAGGAACAAUGCACAGCGUCAGCAGAUCAAAGCGGCCUAUCUCCAGGAAAAAGGGAAGCCCCUGGAUGAAGCUCUGAAGAAAGCCCUUUCUGGUCACCUCGAGGAGGUGGUUUUGGCUCUAUUAAAAACUCCAGCCCAGUUUGAUGCUGAUGAACUUCGUGCUGCCAUGAAGGGCCUUGGAACUGAUGAAGACACUCUGGAUGAAAUUUUGGUAUCGAGAACUAACAAAGAAAUCAGAGAAAUUAACAGAGUCUACAGAGAGGAACUGAAGAGAGAUCUAGCUAAAGAUAUCACCUCAGACACAUCUGGAGAUUAUCGGAACGCUCUGCUUUCCCUGGCUAAGGGUGACCGAUCUGAGGAUUUUGGCUUGAAUGACGACUUGGCUGAUUCAGAUGCUAGGGCUUUAUAUGAAGCAGGAGAAAGGAGAAGGGGGACAGAUGUGAAUGUGUUCAUUACCAUCCUUACCACCAGAACCUACCCCCAUCUUCGCCAAGUGUUUCAGAAGUACAGCAAGUACAGUAAGCACGACAUGAACAAAGUUCUGGACCUGGAAAUGAAAGGUGACAUUGAGAAGUGCCUCACGGCUAUCGUGAAGUGUGCCACGAGCAAACCGAUGUUCUUUGCCGAGAAGCUUCAUCAGGCCAUGAAGGGUUCUGGAACUCGUCAUAAGACAUUGAUCAGAAUUAUGGUUUCCCGUUCUGAAAUUGACAUGAAUGACAUCAAAGCAUGCUACCAGAAGUUGUAUGGUGUCUCUCUCUGCCAAGCCAUCCUGGACGAAACCAAGGGAGAUUAUGAAAAAAUCCUGGUGGCUCUCUGUGGAGACUAACAUUCCUUUGAUGAUUGCAAGUUUCUUGAUCAGAAGACUUUUAAUCAUAUCUUUUCAUUCCAUAUCAUAGACUUACACAGGAAAGUUUUCUCAGCAGGAUUACAGUCUAGCUAAAUGCUUUUUGAAAAAUAUAGCCUAUAAAUCAUUUUUAUAUCACAACUCCAUAAAAUAGAAGUUUUUUUAAAACUAUUAUUUAUCCCAGACUAUAAAAGCCUCAUAAACAGGCUGUUCUCAGGGCGCCUGGGUGGCUCAGUCGUUAAGCGUCUGCCUUUGGCUCAGGUCAUGAUCCCAGGGUCCUGGGAUCGAGUCCCGCAUCGGGCUCCCUGCUCGGCAGGGAGUCUGCUUCUCCCUCUGACCCUCCUCCCUCUCAUGCUCUCUGUCUCUCAUUCUCUCUCUCGCAAAUAAAUAAAAUCUUUAAAAAAAAAUAAAAAUAAAUAAAUAAAUAAAUAAAAACAAAAA